AUGGAUUCUCAGUGGCAGCAAUAUCCCGCCGCAAACUCGCCGGGUUCAUCGAGACGACAAAACAGUAAUACCCAGGCCCCUCGAGACUACACCAACCAGCCCCCUCCCCAAGGCGGAUACAAAUACGAUCAGUUCCACGGCGGCGCUCCUGUCCAUUCUGCUGCUGCUCCGCCCGCUUCUGCUCCUGUUGGUAACCCCAACUCGGCCACCUCCCCAAUCUCACCUUCGCAGAUGCGCGACGGUAACGGCGACGUCGCUAUGCACGAUGCUCAUGAUGCCCAUGCUGGUAUAAAGUAUCCUAUGAGGCCCCAUCACCAAUCUCACAUGUCGGGCGGCCGCUCUGUUAACCUCCACUCUCCCCAAGAGUCUUCUGCCGCUCAGCGAUACUCGCCUAUGGAGACAAUGUCCCCCACCUCGCCUUACGCGCCCAAGUCGGCUUCCAACAGCCAAUUUACCAGCCCAACCUCUCAGCGCCAGUCGCCUUCACGCCAACCCGAUUAUUCUCAGUCUCCCUACUUCCCCGGUGCUCGCCAACAUCAGCCAGGUCAACAUCUACCUCCUAUCAAUCCUUACGCGUCCGGUGGUCACCAAGAUAACUAUCCUUCCACAACUGUUGGCAACCUAGAUGCCGCUUUUAACCUUGACCCGAAGUCUCCUCGUCGGCCCGUGCCCCAGCAAGUGACCAGGGGCCCAGUCCCGGAAUUUAAGCAGUUGACGUCUACUGCAGAGCUGCAACCCAAGGUCAAUUCGCAGCCCGCAUUCCGUCGCGCCAACCCAGAGGGUGGCUUCAUCAGCCCCCUUCAAGCUCUCACUGUCCAAUUGCCUGCCACUUAUCGUAUUUGCAACCCAAGCUUCAAAUAUGAGUCGUCGCGCAACCCUCGUAGAGUUCUUACGAAACCUAGCAAGGGCACUAAGAAUGACGGAUACGAUAAUGAAGACAGCGACUAUAUCCUUUACGUGAACGACAUUUUGGGAUCUGAGGAAGCUGGCCACAAAAAUCGGUAUCUUAUUUUGGAUGUUCUAGGUCAAGGUACUUUCGGUCAGGUUGUGAAAUGUCAGAACCUCAAAACACAGGAGGUAGUCGCUGUCAAGGUCAUCAAGAACCGCACUGCCUACUUUAACCAGAGUAUGAUGGAGGUUUCAGUCCUCGAUUUGCUCAACACGAAGCUCGACAAGAACGACGACCACCACCUCCUACGUCUCAAGGAUACUUUCAUCCACCGUCAGCAUCUUUGCCUGGUUUUUGAGCUUCUCAGCGUUAACCUUUAUGAGCUUAUCAAGCAGAAUCAGUUCCGGGGACUGAGCACCACACUGGUGCGCGUCUUUGCCCAGCAGUUGCUCAACGGUCUCGCACUACUUAACAAGGCUCGCCUCAUUCAUUGCGAUUUGAAGCCUGAGAACAUCCUUCUGAAGAAUCUCGAGAGCCCAAUUAUCAAGAUCAUCGAUUUCGGUUCGGCCUGUGACGAGCGACAAACUGUCUACACCUAUAUCCAGUCGCGAUUUUACCGUUCGCCGGAAGUUCUUCUUGGUCUUCCUUACUCGUCCGCUAUCGAUAUGUGGUCCUUGGGCUGUAUCGUGGUGGAGCUCUUCCUGGGACUUCCCUUGUUUCCAGGAUCCUCCGAGUAUAACCAGGUUUCACGAAUCGUCGAAAUGCUGGGCAACCCUCCUAACUGGAUGAUUGAGAUGGGCAAGCAGGCGGGUGAUUUUUUUGAGAAGCGACAAGAUGAGUUUGGACGGCGGACCUAUCAACUGAAACCAAUGGAGCAAUACGCUCGAGAACGCGGCACAAAGGAGCAGCCUAGCAAGAAGUACUUCCAGGCGAAUACCCUUCCAGAGAUCAUCAAAUCCUAUCCCAUGCCGCGGAAAAACAUGAAGCAGAGCGAGAUUGACAGAGAAAUGAACAACCGUAUCGCGUUCAUUGAUUUUGUUCGCGGUCUUCUCACGAUCAACCCUCUGGAGAGAUGGUCUCCACAGCAAGCUAAGCUUCAUCCGUUCAUCACUCAGCAGAAGUUUACUGGCCCCUUUAUACCGCCAAUGAACCUCAAAUCGAGCUCGUUGAACAGGUCCCCAGCCCCUGGUACCCAGCAGCAACAACAGGCUGAAGCACUCAGCAAGCAGCGGGCGCAAGCAGCACAGCAGCAGGCUGCUUCAGCCGCUCCAGGUCCUUACCCUGCGAAUGCCAACCAAUACGCUCAGCAAGGGGCUGCGCAACCGCAGAUGUAUGGCAACAAUGCGAUGUAUUCUCCUGGUGGUAGCCACGCCAACAUGCCCGCCGGCUAUGGCCAACAACAUGGGCAGUAUGGACAGAUGGUCAUGUCCCAGCCGCCUCAGCAGAUGCCCCAGGGCCAAUAUGCUCAAAUGCCUCAGCCCAACUUGUAUCAACAUCAACAGGGAGGCAUGAGACCGGUACGCCAACGUGCGUCGACGAUGGAGCAGCAGCAGAGUGGUAUCCCUGCUGCCAUUCAACGAGUGGCUAGUCAUCUCGACCCUAGCCAGCCAAUUCGUCUACAACCUAGUCCGGCGUACUACCCGCCAACCGGAGAGAGCAUGGCAUCCGGAAGCAUCGACAACCGAACGGCAGCAGGCCGAAGAGGUAGCCGUGUGCAGCAAGGUGGCCGGGGUAACAGGGAUUUCAUCCGCAACUUGGAGGAGCGCACUUUGGAAGAAGGUUUUAUGGGAAACCAGAAUACCUGGCAUUGA